CAUUAUUCUCGUUCACACAACGCUAAAUUUAUUGACCUUUCUCAUCAGUGUUUAGCACGACAAAUAUUCUUACAGCGUGACAGCGGACCCUUUCGAACUUCUUAUAAAGUUCUGUGAUCACAAAACCAGACCCCCACAAAGUGCUCCGUCAUUUGAUUUCGUCGGAUUCGGAAUCGAGGUCUGGUGACUUAUUUGACAGAUCCGAGGAGGAUGGCAGGGUUACGCAGAAGCCUCGUUGUGCAUCUUUUCUUCGUUUUCUUGGUUUCUGAAGCGAAGGCCAAGCAAAUGGUCACCCCCGAACAGCUCCAGAUCCAAGCAAGCAUCGAGCAGGACCAUGAUUUCGCCUACAUCAAUAACAAGCCUGUCAUCCCCGACUUGCCUUCCUCCCAAAAACAGUUGAUUCUGGAUCGGUAUGGGACAUUCUUUGGCAAUCAACCAAGCCAGCCGCCUCUGGACUUGAUUCCAUGGAUUCCACCACCUCUAUUCGCCAGAGCUCCGCCAAUGAUUCGAGUGUGCCCAGCAAUUAGGGUCCAUAAAAUCCUCUGGACUGGAAUUAACUGUGACGACGAGCCAGUUGGCGUUGUACAGUUUGACGAUGUUAAUCAGUGGGUUAUAUGGGAGGAGUGCUCCCGGCCUGAGUCACCGCAUAUUUCUCUAGAUGAACAUGGCAUUACGGUCGAGUGUUCACAGACGGUUCGGGUAGUUCCAAUGGUGGUUUUUCGGUUACCCUUUACUUCUUUCGAUGACGUCACAAUACAGAAUAUCAAGAUCAAGUCAUGCACCAGCUAUCUGGGUAUUGAAUCUGACUCACCAAGUGACCCACAAGAUCCAGUUAGUCCCCAAGAUCAAAUAGGCCCAUAUAAGGAGCCACAACCUUCAGAACCAAUUCCUUAGGGAAGCAAAUAAUACCCCUUGGGGCACUAUGGGGGCAUGAUGGCACCUCCCCCCCCAAAAAAAAAAAACAGUAGAGUAGAAAUUUUAAAAAUCCUCUUUAAAUAUAUCCUGAUCCAUUCUACAAAGUAUUCUAUUUUAGAUUGAGUUGUUUAAGAUUAAGUAAAAGUGAUUACGCGGUCUCUGUAUAAUUUUGCAGUAGUGGACAUUAAUGUUACUCUUGACCGAUAAUUAUAAUUAGACACUCUUACAAUUACUGAAUUAAAUAAAGAUUUGUACUUAAAUACUUGAGGGAUUCGACAUAAAAUGUUGCAGUGUAAAUAUCAAAUCAAGCAUAGUACUGUCUGUAUAAUGGAAUCAAUUCGUAUUUAUUACUGUCAUGUCUGUAUUUUAACCCACUGGCCUGUUUAUAUUCAUAUUUCCUCUGUAUCAGUUCAUAUUGGUAAAAGUUCCAACAUGUUCUUCAUGAAAUUAAUAUUUUUCAAAUAACCAAAUGCCAUAGUUGAUGGUUCUCGGAAUAUAAAUUUAAAAAUAGACCAAACCAUGAAAUACUUUCUGAACGGAAUGUUUUCGAAAUGCUUUCCGAAUGUUAACGUCACUCUUCUCUCAUCCAUGCCCGUUUAAUUUGUUAUUAGCAUGUUAUCAGUGUAGCUUUAUACAAUGGAGAACCGUUAAACGUAUAACCAUCGUAGUUUAAAAUGUCGAAAUGCGUUGUAUUUACAUAAUACAGAUGGUAACAUUUAUACAAGAUAUAUCAUUAAGUUACAAACACUAACAUUCAUUUAAUAAAUUGAACAAAAGUAA